AUGGCUCGAGUUUUAGUUGGAGUAAAAAGAGUUAUUGAUUAUGCAGUCAAAAUUAGGGUCAAACCAGAUAAGUCUGGUGUAGUCACAGAUGGUGUUAAACACUCCAUGAACCCAUUUGAUGAGAUUGCUGUGGAAGAGGCAGUUCGAAUGAAAGAGAAGAAACUAGCCAGUGAAGUUAUUGCCGUUUCAUGUGGCCCAGCACAAUCACAGGAAACUUUGAGGACAGCUUUAGCAAUGGGAGCUGACCGAGCUAUCCACAUAGAAGUGGCAGGAGCAGAGUAUGAGACCAUGCAACCAAUCCAUGUAGCAAAAAUUUUGGCAAAACUUUCUAAGGAUGAAAAAGCUGAUAUUGUUAUUGUGGGAAAGCAGGCAAUUGAUGAUGAUUCCAACCAAACUGCUCAAAUGACUGCAGCUUUGUUGGACUGGCCUCAGGGAACAUUUGCCUCCAAGGUGGAAAAAACAGACUCUGGCUUAACAGUAACCCGUGAGAUUGAUGGCGGUUUAGAGACAAUCAAGACCAAGAUUCCAGCAGUGAUCAGUGCAGACCUCCGACUUAAUGAACCUCGCUACGCUACUUUACCUAACAUAAUGAAAGCAAAAAAGAAACCUCUAAAGAAAAUGACUGCUAAGGAUUUGGGGGUUGAUCUAACACCCAGAAUAAAGGUUAUCAGCGUUGAAGAUCCUCCAGUGAGGCAGGCUGGCUCCAUCGUUCCAGACGUAGAUACCCUCAUUGCUAAACUUAAGGAGGGAGGUCACAUAUAA